CGACAGGAACCGAGCAGGAGACGGACGACACUCGCCUGAAUCGCGCUUGGCCGUGGAAGUCGUGGAACACACGCGCUUGGACCGGUGCGGUGACCACACAGCUUCACGGGUCCAGAGUAAACUUGAUCCCUUUGGUCAAUCGCACACGAGACCUUUUCGAAAAUCGCGAUAUACAUAUUUCAAUUAUGACUAAAUAUAAUUUUAUGUUGGACUAUUGUUGAUUUUUUUAUUAUUAAUUUGUGUUUUUAUUUUAAUUCACGUGGUUGUUGACACUUUGUGACUUAUUGGUGAUAAUGAUUUAGUGAAAGGAUUUUUUUUUAAUUUUCGAGAAUGAAGGACAAUUUUUAGUGCUAGCCGGACUCGAAGCCCAAACAUUUUCAAAAUGAGAAUUAAAAUGCCAGCGGUCAGAAUCGCACAAGAUGCAGAUGGAGUUGAGGGCGACCCACACCAAGACAUCUUGACCUGCGGCGUUUGUCAAAAGCCCUUCGCCCUUUCAGACAUCGUUCGAUUCAUCCAACACAAAAUCACCUCCUGCAACAAAGAAAAUUUCGGUCAAUGCUAUACAAACAACGAAAAAGAAAGAGACACCGACGAUGGAAAUUUACCACUAUCGUCGAUUAAUAGUAGAAGGCCAAGCAUAUCAGCACCCAUCUCUGGUAAAAAAACGACGGGUAGCAGAGUCCACACUCCUCCACCGGCUUCUCCGCGGCUUCCAGCACCAGGCGAUCUCUGCGUGGAUGGAGCUGCAUCGUCCACGCCGAAAAGAAGAGCCUCCUCACCGUUGACGAGUUCCAGUCCUGAGGAAGACAUAAAACCUUUAAUUAAACAGGAAAAAAUGGACAACACUACCUCUUCCGAAGAAAAUAGUUGUAAACGAUCGAGAACGGAAUUUGCAGACGCCGAAUCGAAUACAACGCACAGUGAACCCAGUACCUACGUAUGUAGUACCUGCAAAGUUCGACUACACUCAGCUUGGAGGUUGAUUCAACACGUACAAAAUUCACACGGAAUCAAAAUCUACGUAGAAAGUUCUCCAACCAGCUCAAAGAACAGUAACAAUAAUAAUCACAGCGGUAGUAGUACGAGCAGCUCCAGUUCAGGAUGUUCUUCUGGCGCAGUGCCACCUCCACCUCCAAAUAUGAGGCAUCAUUUAUUGCCACCUCCUGAUUUGCACAAUCCUUUUGGUGUCGGUGGGUUACUGCGAUUGCCAUUGCCGCCUUUAAACCACGGCCCUGUACCACCUGCACCGCUGUUCUCUCGCCCUGAACAUCAUUAUAGGAUAGACCAGUUAGUAAGUGAGCAGUUUCGUCAUCACGGGCUUAAUUUAGCGGCAGCUGCUGCAGCUGUAGCUGCGGGAAACGUACCUCCACCUCCUCAUUCAAGUUUUCCAUCUCCGGCUGAUCGAGUUAGCUCGGUAAACAACUUACCCCCCAGGGACAGGAGCACCCCAAAUCAACCUCUUUCAUUGGAACCCCAGCUGGAUUUUUACUCGCAGCGGUUGAGGCAAUUGGCAGGCACCACCAGCCCGGGAACGGCACAGGCAGGCUCGCCGUCACCCCGCAAGCACUCACCGCCUUUCGCGAGUCCAUCCCCUUCUUCCCAGAUGCCGCCAACUUCUAUACCCAAUAACAUAAGCUCCAGUAGUAGCAAUAACAACAAUAAUAGUAGUAAUAGCAGUAGACCUCCUAGUACCUCACCUCCUACAAAAUCAGAUGAUCAGAUCAUGCACACACCUAGAUCAGCCAGUACUCCUCCUGGUAAACCUGGAUCACCAAAGACAUCUUCAAUCGAAGCAUUACAUGCUUGCGAUUAUUGCGGUAAAAAGUUUCGUUACCAGAAUAACCUUGAUGUACACCGAAGAACUCAUCUCGGAGAGCUUCCUUAUAAAUGCGCAAUUUGUGAUCACGCUUACGCACAGGGUUCUAAGCUAAAGAAACACAUGAAGAUACAUCGAACGCCUGAUGACCGAACUAGCAAUGCGGGAUCAGUAGAAACCAUGGACGGUGAAGAGAGUGAAGAAGAAGAAGAUCUCGAUGAAGAUGAAGAUGAAGAGGAAGACGAUAUUGAGGAGGAAGAAGCUGAAGAUUUGAGCGUUCCCAGUCAACCGCCAAAAAACCCGUCGAGUCCAUCAGCUUCACUGGUAGGUGAACUGAUGGACAAAUUUGGUCUUAGUAAUAUCGCGCAAUACAGUGAAGCCUACAAGCAAGCUUUACAAGAAUCAAACACUGCCUUGAAACUUCAAUUUAGCAAAGAUAGAGAUAAUAACAAUACUAGUCUGUCCAGUCAGCUAAAAAUUCGUGAUGAGUUUGCUAAAGGAUUGUUACCAGUUCCACCUCCACAACCUUUACCUUUAUUUCCCCAUUUUAACGACUCAUUUGAAGCGUCGAAGAGACUUAAGUUGGAGCUAGACAGGAAUGACUGGUGGUUAUCAGGGUUACCUAGAGAUAAUAAAGGACUACCUGGACCAAGUGCGCUACUUCCUAACCCGCUGAUAAAGAAAGAAUCCCGCCGAAAUGAUACUUGCGAAUAUUGUGGUAAAGUGUUUAAAAACUGUUCGAAUUUAACUGUACAUAGGCGAUCUCACACUGGGGAGAAACCGUAUAAAUGUGAACUAUGUUCGUACGCAUGCGCGCAGAGUUCGAAAUUGACUCGACACAUGAAGACGCAUGGUCGAAUCGGCAAAGACGUAUACCGGUGUCGAUUUUGUGAAAUGCCGUUUUCCGUUCCUUCAACCCUAGAAAAGCAUAUGAGGAAGUGUGUAGUCAACCAAGGCAAAGGUCAUUUACUGAGCACCAUGCCGAUGCUGUCAGGGGACGAAGAUUCUUCCACGAGUAUAACUUCCAAAGAGGCAGUAUGACUCUUUCCAUGGGGUGGAAUGAGAUUGCCCCCUCCACCCCCUAGUUUAACGUACUAGUCCCAAUGAACUGUUUAGAAGAAUUUGUUGUUGUGAACAGUGAUUUUGCCUUUGUUGGAAAGUCUAGUUUAAUUUGAUUUUUUGGUGGCUAGGGCUAGGUAUUAGUACUUUUAGCCAACAUAAAAUACAAUUAACUAGUACUGUUGGUUAAGGUUAGUGCAACCAAUAUUCUGGACUUAACUUUUCAAAUAUUUUAGAGAAACAAUAAUUGCGGGUCUAAAAUUAUAUUUAUUUUUUUAAUGGCGCAAUAAAUUUUCAAUUCAUUUUUAGUUGAGACAAAUCUCUCUUUCCAGAGAAUUUUACACUUUUGCAAUUAUUAACAAGAAAACUAGAAAUAUAAUAAAAUAUCACUUAAAUUUAUAUAUUUUUGUGUUGUGUUUUGUAUUCAGAGCAAAUGUUACACACCACUGGAAGUAACUAAAAGUUUUAAAUAUUUUGUUCCAUUUAAAGAAAAAUACAAUUUAGGUCUAGAUUUUUGUUUUUUAAUAUAACCAAAAGGUAUGGGUUAAUUUAAACGAUCUCACAAGGGCAGUAUUGUAAUUGAUUAAAAACAUCUAAAAUAGUGAUUGCACUUCCGUUUUUCAUGUUAUCAGAUAAGUUGAAAUGUAUAGUAUUAAUAUAUUUAAAUUGGUCCCCACACAAAAAAAUAGAAUAAAGGGGAAUCAUAUUGUUCUUUGUAACUGAUACCAAAGCAAUGUUCUUUUUUUCCUAAUUAUUAUUGAUUAUUGAGUUUAUUAAUUAAAUAAUUACUUGUAUAUUUGUAAGUAGCUAUAUGUUGAGACUGAGAGGGCUAGAGUUUUUUAGGGGCACGUUUUUGCCAACAGUUUUUAGCCCAGUGUACAUUCCCCAUCAUAUCAUUUUUUGGCCAGUAAUAGCCAAUUGUAUAUAAAUAUAUAUUCCAGUAUACAGGAUGUCUCAGUGAAAAGCUGUUUUAAAAAAUUACAGUAGACCAAAGACAAUUUUAUAUAAUUUGAAAGACGAAAAUAAGUUUUUUUUGCAAUUAUUUUCAAAAAUAUUUAAAAAAUAUAUUUUUCUUUAUACUUAAAUUUAUUUAAUUAUUAUUUAAAAGUUAGUAACUUUUACUGGACACCCUGUAGUUUUUUUAUUUAUUGCUGACUUAUCCCCAGUGUAUUAUAAAAUGAGAGAUGUUUCAAUAUAAGAUAUUCCAAAAUUAGUUAUCUGUAGUGAUUUUCCUGAAAACUUUCCCUAGUUUGUUCCCAAACCAUGAAGAUAACCAGGUAUUAAAAAUGUAGUGAUCCAAAAGUUGAAAGAAAAAUAGUUUUAUUAUGUAAUAGAUUUGUGUUUGAAUAUUUUUAAUUUUAUAUAAGUAUUUAAAUUUACACACUAGACAGCCAUUCUUCUGUUAUUGGUAAAUAACAUUUUUAAUUUAAAAACCAGUAUUAUUUUUGUACUUAAUUAUUUUAAUAAAAUCGUAAGUUUUAAUUCUUGGAAUACUACUAUAAAAUGGUAAAAUGAAUUCAGCACAACUUUUUAAACUUUCUUUUUGGAUGAUAAUAGUAAACUUAGCAUUAUUUAAAAAUAAUCGUCGAAGUCCCUUCAUUUGUGGUAAGUUUAUCUUUUAUAGUUUUUUUCUUAAUUUGUUUAUUUCAGCUAUUUUUGCAGUAUUAAAAAUUAUACUCACUAUAAAUUAAUUAAAAUUUUUGUAAACUGUCCAGAAUUUAAGUUUGUUUCUGAUUUCAUUUAACUGUUGAUAUUAUACAUAUAAAAAACUUGUGGCUUAGGAACGAUCAUAUCAAAAAAAACCAUUUUGUAACAUUUCAAAAAAUAUAUUUGGGAAUUUUGUUCUUGUUUUCAAUAGAGUUUGAUAACAAAAAAUUCUGAACAAGAGCGAAGAGGCUCAAAAAUAUUUUGUAAUUUUCUCAAACAAAAAAAAAUGACUUACCUUUUUCUAGAUGUUUUCCUAAAUGUAUUAGACAAAAAAAAAAUUAAAUCUCAGGUUAAGAGACACAAAGUAAAUAGUAG